AUGGGAGACUCGAUUAAAAAAUUACUUCAUUGUUAUAACAAAGGAUGUGGUAAAACAUUCGAUCCCGAUGAUAAUCCCGAAGGUGGUUGUAUUUAUCACGGCGGCGUGCCUUACUUUCACGAUGCCUAUAAGGAGUGGACAUGUUGUAAUAAGAAAACGACAGAUUUUACCGAAUUUCUAAACAUCAAAGGCUGUACUCAAGGUAUACAUAACGGUAAUCGACCGAAAGCGUUAGAUAAACCGAAACAAGAAUCUAACGCUGAUCUCGCCAAACAGAUCGAAAACAUGCUUACGCCUAGAAACGAUAACCGUAAAAUUGAACUGGCACGAUCAUCGAUACCUAAUGAUUUACCACUAGUCCCUAUUUCUCCGGAAAUCUCGCCUCGUCUUUUGCAACAACUAAACGAAUCUACGCAAACUGUACAAAUCCAAGUCACCGAAGGUGGACCAAUACCUAUCGGUACGAGUUGUCAGAACAGCGGAUGUACCGUAUCUUACGACCAAGGUAUCGCCGAAAAUUGCGUUCAUCAUCCUGGUACCGCCAUCUUCCACGAAGGGCUCAAGUUCUGGUCUUGCUGUAGAAAAAUGACGUCGGAUUUCUCUAAAUUCUUAGAUCAAGUCGGCUGUACUACAGGCAAACACGUAUGGUUCAAACAGAAACAAGCUAUUCAAUGUCGUAUCGAUUGGCAUCAAACCGGAGCAUCCGUUGUGAUAUCAGUUUUCGCUAAAAAUUACGAUCCUCAUAAAUCUCAAGUAUCUCUAUCUCCGACACGUCUCAAAAUUAGUAUAUUUUUUCCUAAAGAAUCUGAAGUAUUUGAAAAACAAUACGAUCUAUUCGGUGUAAUCGACGUUGAAAAAAGUUGCGUAUCUAUGUUGCCUACUAAAGUUGAAAUUAAGUUGACUAAAGCGUACGCAGAAACUUGGCGUGAUAUUUCAGCUCCAUCGAAGUGA